AUGUCGGAGGAGCGGCGGCAGCGGGCGCCCGGCAGCGAGGAGGGCGACACGAGCGACGGCGACGCCGAGCCAAGCGCGCUGCUGCAGAAGCUCAAGACCAACAUCUCGAAGAACGUCCAAAGCAAAGUGGACCAGAUCCUGCAAGAUGUUCAACGCUUCUCCGACAAUGACAAGCUGUACUUGUACCUCCAGCUGCCGUCGGGCCUCGGCGCCGGCGACAAGAGUGGCGGCGGCGACGCUUGGUUCAACACGUGCGAGCAACUCCUCACGUGCAAUUGGAUCCGCAGCCACCUGGAGGAGCACUCGGACACGUGUCUGCUCAAGCAAGACGUCUACGAAACCUACAAGCGCUACUGCGACAACCUGCAGCAGAGGCCGCUGAGCGCCGCUAACUUCGGCAAAGUCAUCCGGGACAUUUUCCCUAACAUCAAAGCGCGACGCCUGGGAGGCAGAGGGCAGUCUAAGUACUGUUACAGCGGAAUCAGGAGGAAGACAGUCCUCAACAUGCCACUCCUGCCCAAACUGGAUCUCAAGAAUGACCCGGCGGAGUUGACUGAGUUAGUCCAGACGUACAAACAGGAAGUAAUGGAAGCGGCGUGUGAGUUGAUCUGCGAUUGGGCGCAGAAGAUCCUGAAGCGUUCCUUCGACACAGUAGUGGAGAUCGCUCGCUACCUCAUCCAGGAGCACAUUGUCAACCCUCGAUGCAGCCAAGCCGAGCUCGUGGCGUCGGCAGCGCUAGCGGGAGGUCCCGCCAAGCCUCAUAAGGUCAUCAAGAAGAGCCCGCUGGCGUCCAAAUGCGAGGGUGACACCCCCGCGGAUCCUAAGCGGGACUGCGGCGACUCCGCCACCUCGUCAAAGCUGGCAUCCGACAAGAUGGUGGCGGUAUCCAAACCCCAGUCGCUAGAGGCCCCGCCUUCUCCCGCUGUCUCGUCUCUGAGGCCCGCGGUGGAGGCGUACAUGAAGCAGCUUCCACGAAUCCUUCCUCGCAGUUCCCUCCCGGAUAAGACGCCGCUGUCAGUGCGCUCGUCGCCGCCCUCUCUGGUGCCCAGAGAUGCUUCCGGCGCGGGCGGCGCCUCGGGAACGGGCGGCGCCAGCGCAGCGAGCGCCGGCGUAAAGGUGAUAGCCAUGGCGACGCUGCCCCAACAGCAGGGCGGGCCCCUCCCCUUGGUCAUCGUCCCCCAGGGGUGUUUGUCAUACGAACGGGAGAAAGCGCCCCCGCCCGCGUCGGUGCUCCAGAAGGUAAGGGAGGGUCCCGCCAAGCGGCCCCCAGAGGCCACGUCGGCAGGCGCUCCUGCGGGUCCUCCUGUCAAACGGAAACGCGGGAGGCCUAGGAAACCCCGCCCGGAGGACGCCUCGCCUCCGCCCGCCCCGCCCCCUCAUCCGCCACCGCCGCCCCACGGCCAAGUCAUCACCUCGGUGACGGGCGGCGUCAUCCAGAAGGCGUCCCCCUCUUCGUCCGCCGCGCAACCGGUGCUGGAGUUGCUCAUCCAGGAGCCGCCGAGCCUCCUCCUAAGCACAUUGCCGGACGCCGGCAGGCCGGGCAGCGACGCGAUGCGCCGGCGACUGGGCGACGGUUCAGCCCCUCCCGAACCUGACCACCGGCCCCGACCGCUGCUGCUCUUCCAGAGCGCCACUAACGCCGGCUGGGAGCUAGCGGCAGCCGGUCGCACGCCCAUGGUAGAGGUUAUCCAGAAGGCUCCCCGUCCCAACAACAACAAGAACAACAACCCUCCUCUGGCAGCUCCCAGAAUGCAACGCGACUGCGGCGACGCGGACGUCACCAUCAAAUCGUUGGACGUCAACAAACCUUCUUCCUCUCAGAUCAGUAAGGAGGAGGAGCCUGCGGACAGUCCCUAG